CUCUGUAUUUAAGAAGGUGAUCUGAAACUAUUCGGUACACAUCACUUGCUUGGAGAUCUAAAAGCUCUACAGAACAGUGUGAACCAACACUCCUGAAGAAUGAAAAGUCUGAUGUCUCUGAUCUUCUUGGUGCUGUUCUGCUCUAUGCAGCUGGCUUCGAGUUCUACUUUAGCAAACCAACCAGCACAGUCAACAUGCUGUUCAGAGAUCACAAAUCUGACGAUUCCUCUCAGACGUGUGGUCUCUUACAAACGGACCAGCAGUUACUGUCCCAAAGAAGGCAUUGUGUUUCUGACAAUUGCAGGGAAAGAAAUCUGUGCAGACCCUCAGACAGCCUGGGUGAGCAGUCAUAUUGCUAAAGUGGACAAAAGAACAACUUCUACAGGAAAGUCUUCAAGCACCACAGUAUAAAAGAAGCCAUUCCUCUUUCUAUUUGAAUUGUAUACAUCUUAUACUGUGCAUAAGCUCUCCUUGUGCUAUGUAAUAUUCUCAUGUACAAAUAUUUUUUUUAUAAAAUACUUUAUGGGAUUUGGUUUAUCUGUUUUAAUAAAAUA